GCCACGCUGCCGGAUUCCAAAAUGGCCAUCGCAUACAAGCGUCUCAGCCCCUCAACCCGCGAGAUUCGCCUGCUCGAGAUCCAGCCGUCGCACAACCUCGACGAUCCCAUCAAAUGCCGCCUCGUCACCGUCCCCCACUCCAAGGAACUGGAGUACAUCGCCCUCUCGUCCCUCUACGGCGACCCGGCUGAGACAGAAACCAUCUUCGCUGGCGGCCGCCCGGUCACCAUCACGGCGCAUCUCGCAUUGGCCCUGCGAUACAUGCGCGCCGUCUUCUAUCCCGGAAUCCUACAGCGCUGCCAGCGCAUGCCGGCCAGUCGUUUGCACAGCGUCCCACGUUGGCUGAAGCAUUUAUUCGCGUCGAAUAGCUCGCACUUGCGGGAUGGCGAACUCAGCCGGCCAGGGGUUCUGCGUGUCUGGCUCGACUUUCUCUGCGUCAAUCAGAACGAUGAGUGGGAGACGACGAAACAGCCGAGCGACAGAAAGUACAUUUACGGUUACGCUGAUCUCGUCGUCGGCUGGUUAGGCGAGAAGACCGAGCACACUGACAUCACGAUAUCAACCAUGGAGGAGAUCGAAGAGGCCAUGCCGCCAUACUGGGGUGAGCAAAGCCACCGGAAGAGCCAUCCCGAAGACUACUCGCCAACGCAUGCAUGGACAAAAUCAAUACAGCACAUGUGGGCCGUGGGACCGAACGGUGAGCCGCCGUUCUUGAUGCCGCACUGGCUGGGGUGCGUGGAGUUAAUGAAUCGCCCGUACUUCCAACGGCACUGGAUCGUCGAGGAGAUUGCGACAGCUUCGUUUCCGACUUUCUUAGUGGGCGAUACGCUGGUACCAUGGAGGCAGGUGUUGUCGCUGUAUAGAUUGAUGGAGGAGUUCAAGUUCUACUCUUCAGAUGUCUUCCCAGGGCAUCUAAGGGCCGAAGUCGCCUCUGUGCCACUAGAAACAGCACAGAAACUUUUGGAUGAGUACGCGAAAGAGAAACCGAGCCGGGAUUCAAGCUCCUCCGAGAACUUGCCGCGGCCUCCUGGAUAGUAUAUUGAUGGGCGGUGCAACGUGCAACGUAUGCAUUAUUCUGGCGUGAUUGGAGUUUACAGCCGUAUGGCGUUAUGAUAUUUAAGGACGCAUUAAUAGUAAUAUUGACUUCUCAGAGUCGUGUUGAUACGCA